UUUUCUUACUGUCCAGUGGCAAUAUGUCUUCAGAGGUGACAGCAGCAGUGGUAAAAGAAAACACUCCUCAGAAGUUAACGUCCAGAUCUCAGCAAAAUGUGAGAACACCGUUAGAAGACGUUGCAAAAAUCCAGGAACGGUCAGAGAAGAUGUGUUUGUCUCCUGAGGCACAGCGCAUCUCAGGUGUAUUAGAAAAUUGCAUCAGUCAGCUUGAGAUGGUGGCCUUUCUGCCUGCUUUGCUUGCCCAGUUACACAGUUUAUCUGGUAUUGAUGAGGAAUUGAUGAAUGUGCUACAAAGGCAUCGACUCUUAGAGGAAAAAGUGAACAUGCUUGAAGGUGUCAAGCUGGGGUCAGAAGAACAGAAUGAAGAAGUCAAUAAUGAACGAAGAAAAGUCAGAGCUCGUCUAGAAACUGACAUCAAAAACUCAGUCAGGGCUAUCCUCAGGUAUUUCAGAGCACAUCCUUGUGACAUUUUUGCCCUUAAGGCAGAGCUUAAUCUGGAUGUAGGGGUGAGUGAGUCCAUGCAAAGUUCCAUCAAAGGAAUGAAGAUGUUCCAUGAACAGGAGAAGCAACACCUGCUCCUCAGCACGAAGAAGGUGCCUUCUGUUGUCACUGAAGAUACGCAACAGAGCAGUGCCCUGGAAGAACAACUAGCCACAGCCAUCAGUCAAAGUGAUGCAGAGAUUUCAGAGAAAACCUAUCUGAUAAACAAGAAGGAGAGGCUUCUGCAGGAUGAGGAAAAGAAGUUAACAGACCUUAUAUCACAGAAAGAGCAAGAUGUAGAAAAGCAGUGUCAGUUAUACAUCAGGUCCUCAGAGAUAAAGCAGAGCCAAUUACAGCAGGAGAUCGAUCAGUGCUGCAUCCAGCUCGAGAAGUUAAUCGCUGAAAACAGAGAGACAGAGAAAGCCCUCAGAGAGAGAAACAACAAGCUGAAGAUGAAAAUUGAAAAUUUGCUCAAAGUCUAUGAUGAUGACAUGGAAAUGAUGCAGGCAGAGCUGGAGGAGUUGGAAUUACUGCAUGAGGGCAUCAAGGAGGAGCUGAAGCAGUUGGAAGAUUUUGGUGUUCUAGCAGAGUACAACCAGAUACAAGAGGAACGUCGCCUGGCAGAAGAAACUCAGCAGAAGGACCUGAAAUUGAAAACCAAAGCUGCCAUUAUGGCUCAAGCGUGGUGGAGAGGUUACAGUGUCCGCAAGGUUCAGACAGGAAAAAGCAAGGCCAAGAAGGCCAAAAAAGGCAAGAAGACCAAAUAAGACAUGAGCAGUUUGUAUCCCUCUGGUGCUUGUCAACUCUACCUAUGAAGAUUAGAUGUUUCUGCAAGCAAACCUGCUCAGAAAAUACU